AUGAAUAAUACUAUGGAAGAAGGUUUUGAAAAGAUAAGCAAUAUGUUUGGUGGGUAUGAAACAAGGCUCAAGGCUGUGGAAUCGUUUGUGAACUCUCAGGGAUGGAAUGAUAGGGAUGAUUUUGGUUUUGAUGAUUAUCAUCCUCGAUCUAGGUUUUGGACUGAUGGUAAUUGCUCUGGUGGUGGUGGUGGANAGAAGGAUCCAUUAGAGAAGGAUCCGAAGACUAGACUAGAGAAGGAUCCAUUUGAUAAGGAUCCAGAGAAGGAUUCAUCUGAGAAGGAUCCGAAUACUGGAGUGGAGAAGGAGACACAGGCAGAAGCUGAAGUGGAAAAGGAAGCUGAGAAAUUGGAGAAGGAGCCAAAGGCAGCUAAAGUGGGGAAGGAGCCAGAGGCAGCUGAAGUGGAGGGGAGUGAAGUGGAGAAGGAGCCAAAGGCAGCUGAAGUAGGGAAGGAGCCAGAGGCAGAAAAACAUGAUGAAGUUGUUGGUGAGAAGAGGAUUAAGAAGAAAGCAGCAGCACUAUCCUUUCAUGGAACCGAAGCCACCAAAGAGGAAGGAGAAUAA